AUGGAAGGGAUCCCUCCGUUUGAGGCCACGAGCCUGGACGCGAUCCCGGCCAAGUGUGCCGGGGUGGCGGCGACAUUCCGCAGCGGCCGGACCAAGGACGUGGCCUGGCGCAAGGUGCAGCUGCGGCGGUUAUACUGGGCGAUUGAGGACUACACGGGGCCGCUCAAGGCAGCGCUGCAGCAGGACCUGCACAAGUGCGGCUUCGAGGCAGCGCUGUCGGAGCUGGACUUUGUCAAGAGCGACUGCCUGUUCCUGGAGGCCCAUGUGGACCGGCUGGCGGCCGAUGAGCGACUGGGUGCGCCCGAGGUGCCGGCGACGUUUGCGCUGGCCGGACUGCGCACGCGCAAGGAGCCGUUGGGUGCCGUUCUGAUCAUCGGCGCCUUCAACUUCCCGGUGCAGCUGCUGCUGAGUCCACUCGUGGCUGCUAUCGCGGCUGGCUGCACGGCCGUCGUCAAGCCGUCCGAGAUGGCUCCGGCCACGGCCAUGGUGCUGCGCACGCUGAUCGAAGACCGGCUCGACAGCGACGCCUUCCGGGUGGUCAACGGGGCCAUCGACGAGACUACGGCCCUGCUCGACUUUCGCGAUACGGCUGCCGUCUCCGUGUCCGAGGACGUUCCGAGGGGCUGGGCCAAGAUCCUCUACACCGGCAGCCGCCAGGUGGCCCGCAUCAUCGCCACCAAGGCUGCCCAGACCCUCACGCCCGUCGUGCUGGAACUCGGUGGCCUCAACCCGGCUUUUGUCACCGAUCAUACGCCUGACCUCGCCCUUGCUGCUCGACGCCUUCUCUGGGGCAAGUCUCUGAAUGCCGGCCAGGUCUGCAUCUCCCACAAUUACGUCCUCGUCCAUCGCAAGGUGCUCGACCCCUUCAUCCACGCUCUCCAGGCCGCUUUUGCCGUCUCCUUUCCCGAUGGCGCCCACCAGAGCGAUCUCGCCCACGUCGUCAGCGACCGCCACUUUGCCCGUCUCAAGGGCCUGCUUGACGCCUCUGCCGGCCGCGUCGUCGUCGGCGGCCGCAUGGACCAGGCCGCCCUCUUCAUGGAGCCCACCGCCGUCUUGGUCGACUCGGCCAGUGACCCGCUCAUCCGCUCCGAGACCUUUGGACCCAUCUUCAGCAUUCUGCCCGUCGACAGCCUCGACGAGGCCAUCCGUAUCGCCAACGACGUCGACCCGACCCCGUUGGCUUUGUUUGCUUUUGGUAACAAGGAGGAGGUUAAGAAAAUCCUCGGCUCUGUCAAUUCUGGCGGCGCCAACAUCAACGACUCCUUCACCCAUGGCUCUGUCAGCUCUGUUGCCUUUGGCGGCGUUGGCCAUUCGGGCACCGGUUCCUAUCGCGGCUACGCCUCGUUUGACGCCUUCACCCACCGCCGCACCGUGGCCGAGACGCCCGGCUGGAUGGACCGCUUUCUGCGCGUGCGCUACAUGCCCUACGACUCCCGUCACACCCGCCUGAUGAAUCUGCUAGCGCCCAAGCCCAAGUUUGACCGCACCGGCCGCUCCGUCCGUGGGCUUGGCUAUUGGGUCAAGCUGCUGCUCGGCCUCGGUGGCACCGGCGCCAAAGGUGCGUUUGUACGCUGGUGCGGCUGUCUGGCUGUCCUGCUGGCAUAUAGCGGCCGUGAUGUUAAGGCCUUGACGACGCUGAUCUGGAAUAGGGGGUGA